AUGAUUUCGGUCUCUACUGGAUUAAUGCUGCAAGUUGGACUAGUAGUUGCAGCUAUAACUGCUAUGCCUGAGUUAAGCAAAGCAUAUCGGUUCAAUAUAAUAUUUGGAACUGUUGAAAAAUGGUGGUUGGUGUAUGGAGUAGAAGCAGCUCUUACCCUUCUGGUCACUAUUUUCAUGAUUCCUUGUCCAGAAAGUCCAAGUUUCCUGAUGUCUAAAGGUAAAAGUGAAGAAGCCCAGAAGUCAAUUAUAUACUACCAUGGCAUCAGCGAAGAUGAAGCCAUGACAGUAUUAAAAGCUAUGCAGGACACUGGUGGCAAAGGAGAGAAACCAACUGGCCUUUUCGGAAUUUUCUCGGACAAAGAAUGGAGGUGUGGUUCUCUUGUUGGCAUGGGAAUUAUGACUGGCGCAAUCCUUUGCGGUGUCGCAGGUAAGUAGUC